AUGCGCACUUCCAUGCCCUUUUCACUGUUGAAUGGAUGCGGGUAAAAGGCUGUUUAGCGAGUUCCUAGGUGCGACAACCGGAAAAUUACGGGAAAAUCACUUAAAAUGAAGCUUCUGGCGUCCGGACAGUGUUUGUGUUGAGCACCGGAAAACAAACAGGUGUCGUAUCUGGACUCGGGUGCGCCGGAGGAGGACGGUUCCUGUGCUCUCUGCUCAAUGUGACAGAGGAUCACGCCUUCGCCAUGGCUCAGGACCGAGGCAGGUUCGAUUUCUACAUCGGCCUGGCUUUGGCCAUCAGCUCCAGUUUGUUUAUCGGAGGAAGUUUCAUCCUGAAGAAGAAAGGGCUGCUGAGACUCGCCCGGAAAGGCUCGAUGCGAGCAGGUCAAGGUGGACACGCAUAUCUAAAAGAAUGGCUAUGGUGGGCGGGGCUUUUAUCAAUGGGUGCUGGUGAAGCUGCAAAUUUCGCAGCUUACGCGUUUGCUCCUGCGACGCUCGUCACUCCGCUCGGGGCUCUCAGCGUGCUCGUGAGCGCCGUGCUCUCUUCCUACUUCCUGACGGAGAGGCUGAACCUGCACGGGAAGCUGGGCUGUCUGCUCAGCGUGCUCGGCUCCACCACCAUGGUGAUCCACGCGCCGCAGGAGGAGGAGAUCGACAGCCUCAAAGACAUGGCCAAGAAACUGAUGGACCCAGGCUUUGCCGUCUUCGCGACGUUCGUCAUCAUCGUCGCUCUGAUCUUCAUCUGCGUGGUCGGCCCACGUCACGGCCAAACCAACAUCCUGGUGUACAUCACCAUCUGCUCGGUGAUCGGCUCCCUGUCCGUGUCGUGCGUGAAGGGUUUGGGCAUCGCCAUCAAGGAAGUGAUCGCCGGUCAGCCGGUGCUGACGCACCCUUUAGCGUGGCUGCUCCUGGCGAGCCUGGUGGUGUGCGUCAGCACGCAGAUCAACUACCUGAACAAAGCGCUGGACAUCUUUAACACCUCUCUGGUCACGCCCAUUUACUACGUCUUCUUCACCACGUCGGUGCUCACCUGCUCCGCCAUCCUGUUCAAAGAGUGGGAGCACAUGGGCUACGACGACGUCAUCGGCACGCUGAGCGGCUUCUCCACCAUCAUCGUGGGGAUUUUCCUGCUGCACGCCUUCAAGGACGUCAACGUGAGUCUGGCCAUGCUGGCCGUGAGCAUCAGGAAGGAGGAACGCAACGGGAGCGUGGCCAACGGCGUCGGGACGCACGCGCAUUCCACCUACGAGCUCCUCCGGGACGACGACCACGACAACGCGGAGAUGGGCUCCACGUUCGACAGCGUCUCCAGGAGAAACGGCAGCACCGCCAUGUCUUAGGUUUCGAACUAUAUUCAAUAAUCAACUGUGUGAUGGUUUAGUAUUUUUUUUUCUUUCCUUUUCUCUUUUAAAAUCAGAAGACAAUCAAAAAAAAAAAAAAAAACAGAGCGGACUGAACGAUUGUCCACGAGUAUUCCCCCCACCCCCGUUCUCUCCGCCUUACAUCCGGGACGUCGACGUCAGGCUUCGUCUUAGUCCUCGUGUAGCGCUGUAAAUACUUUUUUAAAAGCCUUCGCUUCUGUCGGAUGUACAGACGUGUACAUAAUCUGCACUGAUUUCUCAUAGCUUUUUUUUUUUUUAUUUUUUAUUUAACCACCAUCCCUUCCCCCUCCUCCACUUCCUCCUCCUCCUCCUCCUCCAUUACGCC